AUGGACAAUUCUAUUAAUAUGGAUUGGGUUUGGAAAUUAAGAAUUCCACAAAUGCUUAAAGGCUUUUUGUGGUUGACUCUUCAUGGUAAACUCCUUACCAAUUCUAUGAGUUUGGAGGCUGAAAUGUGGGGUAUUUAUAGGGGGCUAACAAUGGUGCUAGAGAAGGGUUUGCACGAAGUUAUCAUCGAGACAGACUCUACCUUAGCUGAAGAAUUUCUUAACAAGGGGCCACCUUCAAACUGCCCUUUCAGAAGUAUAGUGGAGGAUUCUAGAGACCUUAUCCGCAGGUGUAAUUGCUCUAUUCAACAUAUUCUGCAAGAGGAUAACAAGUGUACAUAUUUAUUAGCCAACAUGGGAGCUGACCAAUUAGAACCAUUGGUGGUGGUAGAUGAACCACCUAUUGUUGUUAGAAGCCAAAUUGUGGCUGAUAUGGUGGGAAUGGCAUAUCGGAGAAUCUAG